UUUGCGGUUUGGCAGGUUUAUAUACAUCAAAACAGAACAAAGAGAGAGGCUCUACAGUGCUAUAAAAGAAGAGAGAGAAAAGAAUAAAGCGAGGGAGAAAUCUCUGCGACUGAAUUACAAAAGAACUGAGGACACUCUGCUAAUGUUUUUCACAUCCAAAGGGGACAUAAACUGGGACUUUGGACAUUGUGGAGCAUUUGCAAGGCUUUUUGUUUUUUGCGACCUCCAAAAGUUUGUUUGGGACAACUCCUUUUUCUUGUAUAUUUGAAUUUUAAUGUUCACAAUUUCAUCCCAGUGCAAAACUUUCUAAACGGACUGCACAUGGUUUCAAAGGGCUUUUGAAAAACCUGGAAUUUUAUUCGUCCUUGUCCAUGCAGAACUGUUUGAAGUAGAAUGUUGUAAAUACAUGCGGAUUUUAUUCAGCUUUCUGCCUCCGUUUUUCAAGCUUUUUGGCGUUUUUUACGCACGUCGAUGGUAUUUGCCAAAAACCUACCCAUACUUUUAAAGUUUGAAUAAUUCAUGAGAUACAAUUUGCCCGCUCGAAAGAAGUGACUGUAAAAAGGGAGGGGGGUUAUCCACAAACAUAUUCAUAGGGGUUGACGGAAUGGCCACCGCGGCUUCCAAUCCUUAUCUGCCCAGCAAUAGCAUCUUAUCGUCCGGCUCCAUCGUGCAUUCUGACUCCGGAGGUGGUGGCAUGCAGCCGGGCAGUGCUGCGGUUACCUCGGGGUCUGGGGGCUACAGGGGAGACCCCUCAGUCAAGAUGGUACAGAGUGACUUUAUGCAAGGCGCAAUGGCAGCGAGCAACGGGGGACACAUGCUGAGCCAUGCCCAUCAGUGGGUGACAUCCCUCCCGCACGCCGCAGCUGCUGCAGCAGCAGCCGCGGUCGCUGCAGCCGAAGCCGGAUCGCCCUGGUCGUCGAGUCCCGUCGGGAUGACGGGCAGCCCGCAGCAGCAGGACGUGAAAAACUCCGGCAGAGACGAUCUGCACACGGGCACUGCGCUGCACCACAGGCCCCCUCACUUAGCUCCCCACCAGACUCACGCCGGGGCUUGGGGUAGCACGACUGCGGCUCAUAUUAACUCCAUAUCCGGGGGCCAGCAGCAGCAGCAGUCGCUGAUCUACUCCCAACCGGGGGGCUUCACUGUGAACGGGAUGCUGAGUCCUGGGAGCCAGAGCCUGGUACACCCGGGCUUGGUGAGGGGGGACACCCCGGAUCUGGACCACGGCAGCCACCACCACCACCAUCACCACCAGCAUCCGCAUCACCAGCACCACGGCGGCGUCAACAGCCACGACCCGCACUCGGACGACGACACGCCGACCUCGGACGACCUGGAACAGUUCGCCAAGCAGUUCAAACAGCGGAGGAUCAAACUGGGCUUUACGCAGGCGGACGUCGGCUUGGCUUUGGGCACCCUGUACGGGAACGUUUUCUCUCAGACAACCAUUUGCAGAUUCGAGGCUCUGCAGCUCAGCUUCAAAAACAUGUGCAAGCUCAAGCCUUUGUUAAACAAGUGGCUUGAGGAGGCCGACUCAUCCACCGGCAGCCCCACCAGCAUCGACAAGAUCGCGGCGCAGGGGAGGAAGCGAAAGAAGCGCACAUCCAUCGAAGUGAGCGUCAAGGGGGCUUUGGAGAGCCACUUCCUAAAAUGCCCCAAACCCUCGGCCCAGGAGAUCAGCACCCUGGCGGACAACUUGCAGCUGGAGAAAGAGGUGGUUAGAGUCUGGUUUUGCAAUAGGAGACAGAAGGAAAAACGGAUGACGCCCCCAGGAGUGGCACAGACGCCGGAGGAUGUGUACUCUCAGGUCGGCAAUGGGCAUUUUUUAGUAGAUUACUUAAAAGAUGCAAGUGAAGCGAGCGACCAGAGGGUGACAACUACAAGUUCAUUCCACCAGGUAAUUUUGGCGCAUUAAAACACACCAAGAGGAAACCAAGUAUUGUUUUUUAUUAUUUUUUCUUCCCCCCCUCCAAAAAAAAUUUCUCCCCCUCAUUAUCCUGUGUUUGAUUGAAGAAACAAAGGAGCAGGCAUUUUGUAUAUUUAGAAAUGGGACUGAACCGCCCCCCCCCCCUCUCCAUGCCCAACAAUAACAGAGGGGAAAAACUGCAACAAUAUGAAGAAGAGUGACAUCCACGACGCUUCCAUCAUGAUUUACAGCUUUUUAAUUUUUUCUGAGGUGGAUUGCAUGGUUUCAUUUACACACACGGAGGAUUAGGGAUUUUUUUUUUCUCCAUGUUGAGGCCCUCAUGAAAGAAAAGACAACCAGGACCAGGACUGUCCCAGCCUGAUCUCAAAGAUCACC